AGAUAACCGAGCAGUCCUCACAAGAUAGCACUGAGUCGGGGUAUGGAGAAUGACUAUUUAUGAAAAUAAUCUAAAAAUUGAUUGACCUACUAGAUUGAUCUGAAAAGGACCGAGAACAUUUUUCACCUUUACGUAAAGAUUUGAUAGAAUGCGCCUCCCGGGAUUCUGUGUCAGCGUUUUCUUUUGUUUACUGUCGCUGACCCGUGGACAGAUUGACCGAAGUAUCUGUGUUCCGGUCUCCAACAUUUCCGACGCCUCACCGAUUCCGGCGCUGUCAGAAUCCUACUCCACGACCGUAGAAUGGAAGCUUCUCCACAAUAACAGUACCAUCAGUAUUGAUGAAUACGUCAUCGGAAUGGAGAAGUUAAGUAGUAUACGUAUUACACAAGAAGGUCAUACGUCACGGAUCAUCUAUGAUGAAGCCAAUCAGCAGUACACGAUGCUUGAUAUUGUUAAUAAUCAAUGUACAACACAAAAUUACGUUCUUGACGUGGUUUUAUUUGGGAACGAGAUCUGGAAAUCAACGACAAAGCAGUUAUAUCAAAUCUUGAAACAGUCCAUUACGGUGUACGGUGGCUACCAGACAAUAAGAUCCACGGUGGUUCAGAGUUGGUCCACCUGUGUGUAUUUACUGGAGUACAACGUCACUCUGUCCGCCACCAUCUACUUUGCUGCGGAAGGGUGGCCCAUGCCGUUCGCGGCCCCUAACGCCAUGGUUCCGGUACGCCUGGAACUCCGGGGGUCCUACAACAACAACCAGACGAGGUUCCACGCGGUGGGUGAUUACGUCAACUUCCUACCCACCCCGCCCACAAACCUGGACAACGUACAGAUAGAACCAGGCAUGUUCUGUGCCGGAAGGGAUGUCGGGAUGCCGAUACUUCCGGUACCAACGGACUUCUCCACCGUCAUAGAGAGGGUUAAUAUCCAUGACAAGCAGGUCACGUACGAAACGAUUUGGUUUGACUCACGGAGGAAAUUCGUUCGAUACGAAACUAAAUCAGCGAGCGGUGAUGACGUAGACCCGACUAGGAUCGUGUUCGACUUCUAUGACGGGGUGAGGUACUCCAUUGACCCGUACACGAGCUCUUGUGAUCCACCCACGAUCAUUGAGAGGGGGGACAAGUUCGUGGACCAGACGGCCUCCCCCAUAACACGGAUUCAGAUGCAGAGUUCACUGGACUUCUUUAAGUUACAGAACGCCACGGUCCAGUACGUGGGCAAGAGGUAUACGCGGAAGAUAUUUUGUGACGUGUGGGUGGGGCUCUACUAUGACCUGAAUAUUGGUCAGAAUCAAACGGUGGAAUGGUAUUUUCUUGGGGAGGGAUGGCAGGAGGGCAUCGGUACCUCCAUCACCCCAGGGAGUCUGGUCAGAUUUGAUGUCUGGGCGGCUAAUUCGAAUUUCCCUAUCAUUCACAACGUGCACAAACUUAACCCCUCCCAGCCCUACCUCACUGCGUUUGAGAUCGGGCCUUGUUUCACGGGGCCACAUAAACGGAACUUCGUCAUCAAAUUUGCAACAAGUGGUCUUGAUCUGAGUCAAGUGAGUCUGAACUACAUCAGGGACCAAAUACAGGAAAUUCUCACCACGCAAGCGCAGUUGGAUAAUCUCAGAUUCAGCAAUGUUGCGUUUGAGAAUUUUGGAGCGAACGAUUGGUACUUCACCGCCACUCUGCUCGACAAAUCGCCCGUGGAUAACAACAACAUUUUCCCGCCAGUUCUGAUGAAGGAACCUCUGAACAGUGCGUUUGGAUUCCUGACGGGAUAUGUGGACACUCCCUGGGUGUACAAUAUAACUCAACCAACACUGAACUUACGGCUGACAGCGAUGGGGAUACUUCCGCUGUAUUACCCGUACGAUUUUACGACAACCACAACUCAGCCAACCACAACCGGGACAUUCCUGGUGCCCACACUUCCGGUCCAAACCACGGGGACUUCAGUCACUACAGCCAUGCCCACACCCCCAGCCCCACCCACGGGGCCUACAGUUAAGGUCACCACCCAGACAACGAGCCCGACAACUAAACUCACAACCAGCAACAGAUCGGAACCAUGUAAGUGUCCAAAGAGCACAUGCCCGAAUCCUACAACAUGUCCAACAAUUACAUGUCCGGUGAUUACAACUCCGCGGCCGAUGACGUCAACAGCGUGUCCUCCUACAACAUGCAAAUGUCCAAAAGUCACGUGUCCAAGUGCAACAACACAAAACCCACAAAACAUGCCAGUAUACACAAAAGUCACAUGUCCACCGGUUACACCACCACCACCUUGCACCACGCCGGUUCCAGGUUCGAGUCAUCUUAGUGCGCAGGCGCAACAGCAAUCAAGCAAAGGUGUUAACGCAGGUGGGGCGGUAGGAAUAGCGUUGGCCUGUCUAGCGAUCGGGGCGAUCGUAGGCGCCAUUGUGAUGUUCGUCAUACAGAAGAAAUUCCCAAACGGCUUCCGAAACAGAGACGGAUAUCUAAACCCGGUGUUUGACGACAGUAGCCGGUACUGACACACAGACAGACAGACAUACGUCGUUUUGUUGAUCUUUUAUACUCACGUUUAUUUAUAUUGUAUUGUACUAAGUACAAAUAAAAGCUGUUUAUUUCUGUACAAACUACAA